AUGAAUGGUUAUUUUAACGGCAAGCGGAUAUCGCUAGGGCCGCCGGAAGAUGCACAUUCUGGUGACGGCGAUAGCAGUAGUCCUGGUAUCAGUCCAGUCCCCAGUCCUGUGCCUGGAAAUAUGAAUUCUAGUAUACCAGGAGCAUUUCCCAUGGGACGAUCGAUACCUCCUAUUCCACCACCACACGCAGGACCACCUAAGAGAAAGCCCGUGAGGAGGAUUCCAGUGUCGGUAGAUUCGCAUCCUGGAGGUGUUGCAGCUGGUUCAGGCACUGGUCCUAUCACUGCUACCCAGAGAAAUAGCAUGUAUGAAGGACUAGCUCCGUCAAGGAGCUCAGGCAGUAAUAACUCAUCCAACAGUGCAUAUCAAACAAGUUUCACUGCUGCCUCGACAAGACCGUUGAGUGGACCUCCAGGAUCGGUACCAUUACCGCCAGGUCCAAUUCCAUAUCUCGAUCAAGGUGUUUCCGAUAAUAUCUCACCUAAAACAUCAUCGUCAAAUCUAUCGAAUGCUCCAUCUCCUGCGUUUAGAAGCUACAGUCCAUCUCCGUCAUUCUACAAUUCAGAAGAGAAUAACUAUUCAAACGAAAGGAUAUCUGGGACAGUAGCAAGUGCAAGUGCGUCGACAACUGGACCUGCUACUGCUACCACUACAGCAGGAACUGUACAUCGAUACCAGGCUCAACCACAGGUACUCGAGGGAAGUGCUACUGCUUUAUACCAGUCACCCUCACAAAUGUACGCACAAACUCAAGCUAGGUUACAGUCGCAGCAGAACCAGAAUCAGAGUCAAAAUCAACAUCCACAACAACAGUACCAUCAACAGCAACAACCCGGUCAAGGAUUCAACCAGGGCCAGGCUAUCUACCAAUCACACCCAACGUCACAAAGUCAAGAUUAUCAAGCUUAUCAGACUCAGUCACCAUCCAAUUUACAGUAUAAUUACACUAAUCCCGACCACAGUUCCGGCCCAUCGUCACCAGAAUAUGUCCAAGCAACCGCUGAAUCGGUGCCACAACCACCAAUCCCACAUUCAAGUGCCAAUGCAUACCCAUAUUCAUAUCCAUAUCCCAGUCAAUCACAAUCCAAACCAUCGCUGACACAACAGCUUCCACCUGUGCUCGUACCCACUAAUAACGCAUACGACUCUGACAACACGAGUCCUGUUUCUAGAUCGUCACAGCAGUUUUCACAUCGUCGCAGUGGAAGUACUCACAGUGCUAGCAGUGGUGCCUCGUUCAGUCAACCUUUAUACAUUUCCGCAUCGUCGAAUUCAGCAGCUGCUGCAGCUGCUGCUGUUGUAGCUGCUAAUCAAGGAACGGGAGGAAUGUUACGAAACAAUGCUGCCAAUUUUGCCAAUCCAUACUCCAGUCAGACAUCGUUACAGCAAUCGAUUUCUAAUCACAGUCGAGGCAACAGCAUCUCCUCUCGAGUCAGUAAUAACGGUACCAGUACUGGCACUUCCAACACCACCAAUACAAUCUCACCAGCUGUCUCGUCAGCCACUCGAUCAGCCACCACUGCAUCAUCCACAAGUGGAGGAGGAGCAUCAGCAGCAUCAGCAGCUCCUGUGAAACAAGAAAUCCCUGGAUUGGGCGUUGUAUCGGCGUAUGUUCGACAACUGCGAGUGAACUCUGCAUCUGCUUGGAGCGAUAAACCCGCCAGUGUAUGGGGAUUACCUAUUGGCAUUUCGACCAAUGCCAACGGAUCUGCUCUCUAUAAACCAACACCCACAUAUGCGAAAUCGCUUCUUCGACGAACAGUGGAUCCACGACAUUCACAUCUGACACCACGACUUCUUGCCAGCGAAAUCGACGACGAAGACGACGACAUGCCCAUGGUGCGAUCUCAAGCCUCUUCACAGACACUGGGACACAGUCCCCAGCCAUCUAAUGCCACUAGCGACAGUAUUUUAACAGCCACUGGUACCAGCACAACCCCUUCAUCAGGUUCUGGCUCAGGUCCUGCGUCAAGUUCGUAUAAAUACAACCCGUCACUGGCACAACAACAUGAAGAAUCGGCCAGUAUCAAAUCGUCAGACGCCAACACCCCCUACGGCGGCCUGUCACGAGCCCAAAGCGUGUCCAGCACCAAAAGCGUCGAAGAAGACAUCGGCAAAAUCCGGCUCUUCGUCGCCAAUCCCGACGACUCCUAA